UCGCCCAAGCAGUGUCCCUUCAUUCGCCAUAAGAAUGGAGAAUGUGAGCAUCACGAUUGAUCUGAACACAGGCAACAUUUCACAGCUAGAGGUCUGUAAUAUAUCUCCUUGGUCAACUCCUGUGAUAAAUGUUGGCCUUAGCUUAAAGCAAUUUCCAAAGGAAUCCACCCCAGAUUAUGUCUACAGACAGCACUUUGCAGAAAUUCAACACCAUGACAGGAAUUUAAUUCCUAUUUAUACAGAUGGAUCUAAAUCUGAUGAUUACGUUGGCUCAGCUUUUGUCUGCCAGGAUGAAAUCGUGGCAGAACAAAUUGCAUUGAAUUCUUCCAUCUUUUCUGCAGAGUUGCAUGCUAUUUAUCUAGCUUUAAAGUAUAUAAAUAGGAAAGGUCAUCGUUCCUGUGUUAUUUACACUGACUCAGUUAGUGCACUUCAGGCUUUGAUUUCAUGUGAACCUAGUUCUCACUCUAUAGUGAUUAAAAUUCGUAAGCUCUUUUGCCAUCUUACUGCGAGUAAUUUCUUUGUAAAAUUUUGUUGGGUCCCAGGCCAUGUAGGUAUAAAAGGGAAUGAAGAAGCUGACGCAGCUGCAAAGUCAGCUACUCCUUUACAGCAUAUAAUGCGUAUUGAAGGAGUCGAUUUGAAGCUAGUAGUUAAAAAACGACUAGCAGAGAGAUGGCAAAACGUGUGGAAUGCACAAGUCCACAAUAAACUACAUGAGAUCAAGCCAAAUAUAGAAAAUUGGACACAUAAUAAACAGUAUGACAGGAGAUCUGAAGUAAUUCUUACUCGUUUGAGAAUUGGGCAUACUCGGUUGACUCAUCAAUACCUUUUGAAGGGUGAAGACCAGCCAGUAUGCGAGUAUUGCAACUGCUUUCUAAGUGUAAAACACAUGCUUUGCAACUGCACAGCUUUUGAUCAAAGUCAUAGACAGCAUUUUGGAAAUGCAAGUUUGAGAGAGAUUUUGGGCCAGAGGCCAAAUCUUGACAAAUUAUUGAACUUUUUGAAAGUGAAUAAUAUUUAUAAACAUAUUUAAUUAUUUAUCUAGGU